GUUCCUAACGCGAGCACAAUAAAAUCUGUGUAUCUGCAAGCAAGUCCCGCGCCGUGGAGUCCUAACAGGCUGGCGGCUUCAACAGGAGACCAGCGAGCGAGCGGGUAGGGCCAGCGACUUUCCAGUUCGCCAGAGUAAAGGCCGGCCUCGACCUCAGCCUCGGGAGUCCUGCUCUGCAAAAACUCGCCGGUCGGAGCCUGGGAGGGAUGGCACACACAAGCACGCAGCGGGAUCUCACUGGCUCGGACUGGUCUGGAGGCAGACGGCUGGAAGUUUGCAAGUUUCACGCUCGCUCGUAAUUUGCGUCCGGCGGUGGGCGAUUUCUGCAUUUUCUCUUCCCCUCCUUCGUUCCUCGAUGCUGUCCUGAGCUUCUGGAAGUCCAAGCCCCCCCAGGAUGUUGAGAGAGUAUAUUGCAUCGAGAAGGAAGCUUGCUGCUUGUUUUUGCCCGGGGUGGGAGAGCUCCUUAAGACGGAUUGCUUCCUUUCUUUUAACCUUUGUUUUCUGUCUCUCUUAACCAAGCCGGAUUCAUGAUGACCAGAAAGCCAACUUUCUGACACUGUGAAGCAGCAAGGAGAGGUCUGCUUAAGUGUGUGUGUGUCUGUGUUUUAAGGAGCUACUAUUGAAUCGCACGCAGUUCGCGAGAAGCCGGAUUAAAACAAGGGCGAGAGGAAAGAGAAAACACCGAAUAUUUCCACUCUUCCGAAUUUCCCUUUUCACCCCCUUCCUGCGUUGCGCGCUGCAAACUUGCAAACAACUUUUUCCAAGUCCCACCCCACCCCCCCAGCCUCGUGCCACCCCGUCUCUGCGGAUUCCGUCUCCAUGCAAAUGGUUUAGCUUGCAAAAUGUCCCUUUUCUGCCCCUCGCCGCGGAAUUGCAAGCCCGCUCCUCCAGAUCGCCCUCCUCGGCGAGGAAGCCUGGGAUUCUCGAGUCACUCCUGGCUCUCUUUGGAGAAGUCUCUCUUGGCUUCCUCCCUUCCCUUCGUUGCUUGAACCAUUACCGCAGCAGCCAGCCACCGGAACUCGUGGGUGGUGGGGAUAUUAUUUAUUAUUAUUAUUAUUAUUUUAUUUUUCCAACCCCCCCUUUCCAUCCCUUGCUCCGCCGCGUUUUGAAAUGCCCACUGCAACUGGCUAAUGGCCCCUGGGCAGUUUCGUUUCUCUGCCGUCGGUGGCCUGCACGGGCUAGCUCGCCCCCUCUGCUAACGCCGCCCAACUCUCUCUCCGGGUCGCCAGAGAGGCUCAUAAGUCAUCGCGGGGGAGGGGGCUGCGUCCUGGUGGCCCUGCACGACCUCGGAGCCGGAUCGUCCCCGCGAGCAGGGAGACGAGCCCCCUCGAUCGUUCUCCAGAGAGCGGGGGGCGAGAGGCAGGAAGCGGACGACGAGGAGAAGGAGCGGCACAGUAGCCCCAGCUCGGCCCACCGAGAUGGGGGACACGGCUGCCCCGCAAGCCGCGGGUCUCCUGGGAGGAGGAGGCUCGGUGGCGGCAGCAGCGCCGCGGGUGCACAGCGCGAUCGUGGAGCGGCUGCGGGCGCGCAUCGCCAUCUGCCGCCAGCACCACCUGAGCUGCGAGGGGCGCUACGAGCGCGGCCGGGCGGAGACCUCGGACCGCGAGCGGGAGAGCACCUUGCAGCUGCUCAGCCUCGUGCAGCACGGCCAGGCGGCCAGGAAGGGCAGCAAGCACAGCAAGGCGGCGGCAGCGGCUGCGAACGGCGGCUCCGCGGCUCCCUCCGCCGGCGCCGCAGCGCCCCCGCCGGCGGACUUCUAUCCCUCGCAGCUGCUCAGCAAUGGGGCUGCUGGCGGGAGGCCUGCCAUCAAUGGCGAGCAGCAGCAGAGCGCGGCGGCGGCUGGAGGGGAGCCCAGGAACCCGGCCCUCAUUGCGCUCCAAGGCUCCUUGAAAAGAAAACUGGUGGUGAACCUGUCACCGGCCAUUAACAAGAGAGCCAACGGCAUUGCUGACAGCACCUUUCUUGACAUUAAGAGGAUCCGAGUGGGUGAUAAUAAUCUUUCUGUGGGACAAGGUGGGCACUGCAGUAACAACUGCCAAAGCCAGUCAGUGCUGGGAACCUUGGCAGGUGGUCAAGGUGCUCAAAGGAAAGUCAACAGCCCAACAAAUAACGCCCAUUCAAAUGCAAAUGGGAUGUUUAACAUGGCUCUGAAGGAGGUAAAGAAAGAGCCUGGAGAAACCCUCUCCUGCAGCAAGCACCUGGAUGGUCACGUGUCCCAGGGCAAUGCAUUCCCUAAUAGAUACGGAGAAGACUCAGGGGAACAGCUGAUGGACCCAGAACUUCAGGAGCUAUUCAAUGAACUGACUAAUAUUUCGGUGCCGCCCAUGAGUGAUCUUGAACUAGAGAACAUGAUCAACGCCACCAUUAAGCAAGAUGAGCCUUUUAACAUUGACCUUGGGCAGCAGAUCCAGAGAGCUCCCCCAGUCAGAUCUUCUUCCCUGCAGAUGGACAAAAUCACAAUCAAGCAAGAAUAUUCCCCAGUGCUGAACCAAGCCCCUGCCGGGUCACCCCAGAUGAGGCCUUCUUCUACGGGCCCAGCCUUUACCAUGUCCGGUGCUGCCAUGUCCACCUCAUCACCAAUUCCUUCGGUGCCUCAGACUCAAACGCCUCCCUCUCAGUUGUCUUCAGUUUCCAACCGACCUUUGGCCAACUGGCAAGAGGUUUCUCACGCUCAGCAGUUGAAACAAAUAGCAGCCAACCGACAGCAGCAUGCCUUGGUCCAGCAGUGCCAGCAAAGCCAGCCGUCUUCCUGGCCUACUCUGUCGUCCACAGAACCAUCCCCAGGGUCGUUUGUGCAGGAGAAGAUCUCCAGCCCUCCUUUCCAUCAGCAGCAGUUCAGCCCACAGAGCUCUGGAAUGUCGGGAGUCCCUGUAAAUGGGAACCCAUCGAAAGGGAUAAAUAACUACAUCUACAGGCCAAACUCCAUGUCCCAGGGAAGCUCCAUAAACAUCAUAAUGCAACGAAAGCCUCAGGACCUCAACAGAGGUUAUAUCAGCAACACCCAGCUGCUGCUGGAGGAGCCUCAGAACAACAUCAAGCCUUUGUUUCAUUUUAACUCAGAACCAGCCAGCCAGCAGAUGCCUUCUGUUUUGGGUUCCCCAAACAAGCCCUCCCUCCUGCACUAUACACAACAGCAGGCCCAGCAACAGCCUAACUCAGUCAACAUGCAACAACAGACACAACAGCAGCAGCAGACACAGCAGCAGCAGCAGACACAGCAACCUGCUCAGCCUCUCCAGAGGCCAGCCAAUGUACCCUUAGCCUUACAGCAAAAGAUCAUGCUCCAGAAAAUACUGCAAAAUCAGCCUGUCUCAGGACUUCAGUAUUCUGUCCCACCACAGCAUCAACUGGAUCAACACUCCGUCAUGGGCCAAAACACAGGCCCCAAUCCGAGUUCCAGUACUUGUACAAAUCCAAAUGCUGGAAGCAGUUACAUGAACUCACCCCAGCAAGCUCUGCUGAAUCAGCAGCUGAAACAGCAGCUCCUUCUACAGCACCAACAGCAGCAGCAGCAGCAGCAGCAAAUACUACCGGAAGCAGAGAAAAUAACUCCUCAAGAUCAAUUGAACAGACAUCUGACGAGACCGCCGCCAGAUUACAAGGACCAAAGAAGAAACCAGGUCAACAUGCAGCAAGCACACCAGUAUUCAGGAGGACCACCUGCUGUCAGCAUCAGCUCCAACCUGUGCUUUCCCAACCCCAUUUCAACCUCUAGCAUCCCUCCACAGACUUCAAAUCUGCUGUCCACAGCUCACGGAACCAGGAUGCCUUCUCUUCCAGCAGCCCGCCACAUGGGCUGUUACGGGAACAUCCCUUGCAGUCAAGCAAGUGCGUACAGCACGACAACAUCGGGGGCCAGCCAGGUCGCCCAGCACAGGAACCCCAAUCAAAUGAUCACUGGUCAGAACAACUCCGCUGUGUCCCGGCAGGCCCCACCCGGGCAAGGAAACAACUUACCGAUGUUUGAGAGUGGGCCGGGGAUCAGCGGGACGCAAGGGAAGCUCAGCUUGACUCAGGGGGGCCCUGCCCAAAGACCUUCCAGUGUUAUGGUUGGCUCCAAUUCGGCUGCUCCAAACUGGGUCUCCCAAGAAACCGGAGCAAAGCAACAGGAAACACGGAAGGCAGUGGGGUCCCCUUUCCCCACAGCUGGCCCCUAUGCCAACCAGCCUCUACAACGCACAGUGGCCCACCAGCCAUUUCCCCAGCGUGCCAUGGUGCCUCCUAACCAGUUAGCCAAUGUCCAGAUGAGAACGCCAAUGAGCCAAAUGAACCAAACUCUAAAUGGACAAGUAAGCGGGACACCAAAGGCCAUGAGUGCGAGGUCUAACCAGGUACGGGCACAGGCUGUGCCACACUUAAACCCACCUGGGGUGAGCAUGACGCCACCAAACCCUUUGCCAUCAAACCAUUUCCCAUCUGGCACCAACCAGACGUCUGCCAGGGCUUACCAAGGGACUGACCAUGCCAGCGAUCUUGCUUUUGACUUUCUCAACCAGCAAGGAGACAAUAUGGGCCCAGCGCUCAACAGCGACUCGGACUUCAUUGAUUCUUUGUUGAAAACAGAGCCUGGUAGCGAUGACUGGAUGAAGGACAUCAACCUGGAUGAGAUCUUAGGUGGCCAUUCGUGAAAGAGAGUCACUGAUGAUCACAAACUUGUGGUUUGUGGCUUGGGUUUUUUAAAGGCCUGAAAGACAUGGUUUCACUCAGCUCUGUUUGCAGAGAAUUUUUUUUUUUUUAAAGUUCGUUGACUCUCCGAAUGGGUGAAGAGGCUCCUCGGGAAUUAGCGGUUUAUGGUGAGAAACCAAAUAAGAGAGAUUGCUAUAUUCAUUUAAGCACACAAAGUCUACUUUCUAAAUCUGAAAUGUGCAGGCUGAUAUUUACAUCUACUAAAUGGAGCAAAAACACAGGAGAUGACCAUUGCAUCAGAAAUAGAUCUGCUGCACUACUAAUAGUUAAACUUUAUUUUCCUUCUUCAAAUACACACAUUGAACAGCAAAAUUAAAAAUAAACUCUAACAAUAUCGAGCCUGAGAAUACUUAGCACUUUUUCAGGAGCAGUCACUGGGUGUCAGAUAAUUUUAAACAGCAGCUGGCAUCCUGUCUAAUGAAGGACCAGUGCAGCAGGUACUUCUGUAGAAUUCCAGACUAAUGCAUCACCAGUGCUUCUGUGUGGGGGGAGGGGGGCAGGGUCUCAGUUACCUCCCCUUCCCCGGAAGCUCUCUUUGUCACCCCAAAAAUAUAUCCCCAAGGGCUGCAUAACCAUCAAGGACAUAUUUUUGGGUGGCACAGAGCACUUCUAGGGAAAGUGGAGGUUUUUGGCAUUUGCCCCUACCACUAAGCCAGCAAUAAAACUGAGUUAAUUGAACUUUUCAGAAGCACUGGUGCUUCUCCCAUGGCACUGGUCCCUCAUUAGUCAGUAGCUCCAUACAAGGCAACUUAUUCAGUUGUUCCGCUGCAAGCUCAGUUUCUUCCUAGUCAUGUGCUUUCUAGGAGAAUCAAUUCUGGCUGCCAAAUUGAUACAAGAUUUGUGACUUUCAGCCUGAGAUUUAACUAGUUAGUUCCAGGAAAUAUUUCAUGCUCCACCUCUCCACCCCAACACAACACUGAUGUUACCUCUUCAGAUCACCUACCUUCAAAGCAUCCUGUCCUGUCCCUUGCCCAUCUGUCCUGAGGUCCUGUGUGUGGUUUUUGCCUGCCCUCCCCUUUGCCCAGUUACUCAGGGUUCAGGAAUAGGACUGUGCUUUCUGGGCAAUGGCAUCCCAUUGUCCUCCCCUCCUGCUCCCUCCAGAUGAUAUCACUGGCUGACAUCCUGACUAAUGAAGCAAGGAUGCAGCAUCCACUCCCCAUGACCAUUCACUCCACUCAGCAGUAGAACACGUGGGAGCAGACGGGGGAGGAAUUUCCUCAUUUUCUGUGCCUCCAGAAGUGCUCUGUGUCUUCCAGAUAUAUAUCCCAGAGGGUUACAUGACCCUCAGGGCCAUAUAUCUAGAAGGCACAUAGCACUUCUGGCGGCAAAGAAAAUGAGCAAUGGUCGCUCCCUCCUCACCAUGCCCACACGCCCUAUUACUGGGGAAUCAUUUUGCUGCAUCCUCACUUUGUUAGCAUGUCAACCACAGUCGGUAUUUUGGCAAUAGGGAGGAUCAGUGCCACACACGAGGUCUCCGAGAGGAUAGGUACACCAUGGUGGCUUAAUUUUUCAAGACACACUUCAGCCCCUCUGGCAAGACACUAAUUUGAGAAUCCUUUAGUUAUUCAGAAGAGUAAGGUGUCUUUUAAAACCUUGAUGCACAGGAUCAUGAUAGACAAAAUCCUAUCAUUACCGCUGGAGUGUACUUCUGACAACUCCCCUGCAUUUGCCACUGACAUGAACCAGAGUUGUGCUGGAACUUGCACAUUUGAUGUUCAUUUUAGAGCUGCAUGGAGCAGUCACCAGCUGAUUGCACCUUUGUGACCAAAACAUGGAAAAGGUUAUUUCUCCACAUUUUUUAAAGAAAGCAAAAUUUGCAUCUUUUAUAAGGUUCUAUAUCUCCUUCGUAUCAUUACAAUAAAGUGCACUACCCUUAUAUUUUGCAAUGCAUUGUGGAGUCAGGAGCUCUUCUCAGUAUUGGGUUGUAAAUAUAUAGAAAAGUUUUUGUAAACUUUUGUACAAAACAAAUGUAAUAUUUUGGUAGGAAUACUGAAAUCAUAUUCUUUGGGUUAUAUUUAUACACUGUGUGAAAUAAAAAUGUACUGUCCAAACUUUGUAUUUUAUACAGAAAAGGAGAAAAAUGCUUACCUUUUGUAUCUUAAUAUACAACUGUGUUUUUGGUAUAAUAUGAUUGUUUUAUUUUCAUUGUGAGACUUAAGUGUUGGCUUAUAGGGAGUCAGGAGGAGAAUCUCAAAUAAAAUACUGAGAGCCUGAUAUAUGGCUUCGUACUGAAAUUUUA